AUGUCAGCGAAGAGGUCUUGGCGGCCGGCCAGGUCGUCAGCGCUGACGAUUGGUGCAGGGGUGUCGGGGGUAGUGCAAAGCUACUUGCGCCUCUUCUCUGAGUCGUGGCACCGCGCCCACGUCCGCGGUGAUUGCUGCCUCGUCCCACACGAAUUCCCCGCGUUUCUCUUCCUCUUGCGGCCCCCGCGCGCCUUGUUGAAAGAUCGGCGGCGACAUCGCUCGCUCUUUGACGGAGCGCUGGCGUCGGCGGCAGUGGUAUCGGGCGUAAUGGAUCCGACCGCGAGUCACGAUCCUGCAAUGGAGGGCACAGCGGAGAGCGCACAGCAGGAGCAGGAGCCUGCCGGUCCUCGUUCACGUCUCCCCACGCGCCCCUCCGCGAGUGAGCCCUUUCGCCGCUUUGAGCGCGGGCUCUCCCUUCCUCUUCUGGGGGUCCCGCAGCCCACCUCGCCGGAGUACUCGUGGGCCCCUGCUCGGGUCGCGUCAAACCGCCUCGCUGGCCAGCCGGAUCCGGGGCGCGGACGUUCCCUCCGCCUCCGCUGCAGUGAUCUCCUCGCCGCCGUUCUCCUGAGCGGCGCGAUCCUCCUCGUAACGGAGCGGGCGCCCAGCGAUCUCCCGCGCGCCAUCUCUCCCCCCAGCACCACUCUCCUCAGCAUCAUCCAGAUGGGCGCGGGGGUCAAAAUAGGCAUUCACCGCGAGCGCGAUCCCCCGCGCGACGCUCUCCGCGGCAAUCUCCGGCGAGGCGGGGGAGGGGAUCUCCUGGGCGCCGCUGGGAUUCUGCUCGCCGCGAGCCGUUCCUGCCACGUCCGUAGUCGGCUGGAUCUGGGGGUUGUCGCGGUCGGCGGAAUGGCCCCGGGCGCGGCGGUAACAGCCGCGGUCAGGACUCCGCUGUCGAACACGCAGUGA